AUGUCGGGAAAUUACGACUAUCCGCCAGCCUCUCGCCGUACCUCGCGUGGAAGUCGUGGCGGAGAUCGCCCAGCCCGACCCAACGCCAAUCGUUUGCAACACUUACGGGACUUGCUGCUGAACACCGAAAGCAACCGGAUCACCUCCACCCGUGCAUUAGAAACUCUGAACCAGGAGAUCAACGAACUCCGAUCCAACCAGGGUCGAGAUCGGUCGAACUUUGAACAGCCCCAAGCUGCCGUUGACCGGCAAAUCCAGCAACUCCAAUCUCAUGGUGCCGACCGCCCUUAUACUGGUUAUGAGGGCCAUGUCCGCCCAGCUAUCCCCCGAUCACCGACCUUAAACGUUCCUGUUCUAGAUCCAGACGCAACAGACCCAGAUCCCUCCCGGGCUGAUAGUGGGUCUUCCAGACGUCGCACACUCAGAGGAGGCAGUCGACCAUCCCGAAACAUUGGACACAGGGCUGCCCAUCCUAAUUCCCUCCUUGACGACCCAGUUCCCCCUAUCAGGACGCCCCCCGUCAUGCCCCAGGAGGUGGAAGGCGUCCGCGACAGCGAUCGGGGCAGAGUCAAGCGUAGAAAGUUGGAGUCAGACGACAACCGAGAGGGUCCCCAGAGCUUUCGCUACGGCCAUCAAGGUCAGGUUGUGUCAGGAGCCCUCCAAAUGGAACUAGCCAGUUGUGACGGGGGAUCCUUCGAACCUGGCGGCGAAAGUUCGUGGCCGGAAAAUGUUCUUCGAAACGAUUCCUCUGUCUAUUGUACCAAGUCUGAUCGGUGUAAUUUGAUUCUCAAGCAUCGCGGAGAAAUGCCGUUCUGUUUGAAAAAAAUCGUCAUCAAAGCCCCGAAGAUUGGCUAUAAUGCACCGAUCCAAGAAGGUAUGGUCUUCGUUUCCAUGACUUCCGAUGAAUUGCUCGCCCGAACAGCUCGAUACAACAUUCACACCACAUCCCUUCGGCGCCGUCAUCGGCGCAGUGCUAUGCAGCCUUCAGAAGAAUACUUGAACGCACACCGUCCUCCGCUCCAGGCUCUUGAAAGAACCCCCCUUUUGGGUUCGGAGGGUCACCCAGAGUCCGAAACCGAUGUCAAUGAGCUGGGAGGACCUUAUGCCAUUGACCCCGUGGAUCCGGCGUCCGAGUUUAUUGUGACAACCGAAUACGACGAGCAAUCCGAAAAUAUCGGAUCUUCUGGAGUGGAACGUGAAGACCUUCCCUCCGUCACGCAGAUCGAGCGGCUCCACAUGAGCCAGCUGGAAGACGAUCUCCUCUGUACAGAAAGCGAAGAGAGCGAAAGUGGCGAUGAUGCAUCUUCGGCAAGCACGUACAGCCGUCGACGCCGUGAAUUGCAGCGGCGAGUGAGGAUGAUACGCCGCCAAUACGCCAUGGAGCGCGAGGGACAGCCAAGACGGCGCCUUGUUCCCAGUGUAAUCCAGCCGUCUGGCCCGCGCAAUGAAGGCGACGCCGACUGUCGGGUCUUGAAGCCGCAUGCAAGAUUUUUCAUCGAACAAAGUAAAAGCAUGGUCACUCUCAAUUUUGACCCUCCUCCUUCUGGGAGGUACAUCCUUGUCAAGCUAUGGAGCCCUCAUAGUGGAGGCAACAUCGAUAUCCAAAGUAUAAUCGCCCACGGGUUCGCUGGUCCAAGAUUCUUUCCUGCCAAAGGUUUCAGGUAA